GUGUAAUAAGGAAAACAUGCCAACUCAAUUGUCCAUCACUGCACUGAUUUAUUCAAACCCCAGCUGUAUAACAAGUUCAGUUGACACUGACGGUCUCACACGUUUCCGAAAGUCAGUGAGGGACACCAGCAGUUCAUUCCUACCUGAACUACAUUUUUGUCUCCGCGAUGGAUGUGUUCAUCGCGAUAUUAUUCGCAUUCGUCCAGAUCAUACAUCAAUCAUCAGGAAUUCAUAUCUUGGAACUUCUCGCUGAUUAUGGGCUCACAAAUACUUAUGGAAUUCACACCAGAUCAUUACCAAGAUCCACCGAAUAUGAUUUUAUUAUCGUGGGCUCUGGGCCUGGUGGUUCUCCAGUGGCGAAUCGUCUAUCAGAACGAAAAGACUGGAAGGUCUUGCUGCUGGAGGCGGGCAAACCGGAGGGAAUCUUACAUCAGAUACCAAUGCUGUCAAGUUACUACGUCAACUCAUCUGAAUAUGACUGGCAAUACAGAAUAGAACCCCAGAAGAACGCCAACUUAGGGAGAUUAGACCGAAGAACUCCCUAUCCAAAAGGUAAAUCAUUAGGUGGGUCCAGCUCCAUAAACGGAUUGGGUUAUUCCAGAGGAAAUGCGUUAGACUUCGACCGAUGGGCUCAGCAGGGAAACUACGGUUGGUCAUAUGAACAAGUUCUUCCAUACUUCAAGAAGAGUGAGAAAGCACAACUACGAGAACCUGUCGAUGAAGAUUAUCACGGCCAAAGUGGAUAUUUACACGUGCAAAAUGCUCCCAAUCACAGCCCUCUUGCUGGAGCUUUUCUGGAAGCUGGAAAGGAAAUAGGAUACGACGUCACUGACCUCAAUGGCCAGCACCAGAUUGGGUUCUCCUACCACCACUUUACGAUGCUGAAUGGCACGCGAUGCAGUGCCUCAACAGCAUAUCUACGAGUUAAACGUGAUAACUUAGAUAUUGUAACCGAAGCCAGGGCUUCACGGAUUCUGAUAGACAGUGAUAAUCGCGUCUACGGGGUGGAGUUCGUGAAGAAUAAUAAAUCCUACAGGAUAAACAUCAGUAAAGAAGUCAUUUUGUCAGCUGGUGCGAUAGAAACACCGAAGCUCUUGAUGCUGUCCGGAGUAGGACCCAAAGAACAUCUUCAGGGAUUGGGGAUUGAAGUGAUAAAGAAUGCUAAAGUUGGAUACAAUCUUCAGGAUCAUGUUGGUUUCGUCAGCCUGACGUUCCUGGUGAACCAGAGUGUCAGUUUAAUUCCAAGGAACAUACGAAAACCAAAAUUUGUACUUCAAUAUGCCCUCGAUGGAACUGGGCCUUAUUCGAUAAGCUCUGCCAGCGAAGCACUUGCAUUUACUCGCACCAAAUACGCAACUGAUGAUCGACCAGAUCUUGAAUUACUUUUUCGUGCAGCUUCAGCAGAUCCUGUCAUGAACAGAGAUGCCUACUCCAUAAUUCCAGCGGUCCAAAUCACUCGCAGUAAAGGACGAUUGAAACUGAGGUCAAUAAAUUUUGAAGAUCAGCCCAUAAUCGAUCCUAAUAUUUUGGAUGACAAUCACGAUGUGGAUGUUCUCGUUGAAGGUAUCAAACUUGCGAUAGAGGUAUCCAAGACAAAAGCUUUGCAACGAUAUGGGGGUCAGUUGUAUGGUAUGAGGAUUCCUGGAUGUGAGGAACUGACGUUUGGAUCAGAUGAUUAUUGGCGAUGUGCAAUUCGACAUCUGGCGAUAUCCUUCAGUCAUGAGAUGGGCACUGCUAGAAUGGGACCAAGCACGGACCCCGACGCCGUGGUUGAUCCUGAGUUGAGGGUCUAUGGAGUUAAGGGACUGAGGGUUAUCGAUGCAUCGGUUAUGCCGGACAUACCGGUCGGUCAUUUGGCAGCAACAAUUUACAUGAUCGCGGAGAAAGGCGCUGAUAUGAUAAAACAAUCAUGGCAGGUGCUACAAUAAC